AUGGCCCCCUCUUCGCAGCGCACGUACGUCUACAAGAUCAUCCCCACGGCGCCGCCGUCGCCCAUCCCCGAUGAAUACCCCAUGUCGGACCUGGACAAGACGGACGGCUUUGUGCACCUCAGCAUCGCGAGCCAGAUCCCCACAACGGCCGGCCUCUUCUUCCAGUCGGCCAGCAGCCUCUGGGUCCUGAAGCUGCGCUUCACCUUUGCGGAUAAGGUGACGUAUGAGAACGGUGAGGAGUGCCCACACCUGCACGGCAACUUUGGUGCUGCGGAUGUCGAGGACGCCAAGGAGUUUACGAGAGGGGAAGGAGAAAAAUGGGAGGACGCAUUCCGGCGGCAGGAGGGCUGGCUGGUUUAG